CUUUCUAACCCAAUCACAGCUCAACGCAUCUAUUCAUCAUGCCCUCCCGUCAAUUACGCAACGGGCUGUCAGGGAUUUCGGGCGCAAAAUGGUGAUCGAAUCCAAGGUCGAUCUCAUCGGCCACUUUGAAGGCCCUGAUAUCGACGAGGUUGCCGACCUCAUCAUCAGCAAAGCCAGCAACAGCUUUCUCGACAAGUGCCUGGAAAAGCGCCUCUUGACUAUUGAGGCCAAGCCCUUGAUUAGUGCCCUCGCCAAAGCGGAGCGCCUCGGAUAUGAGCCUGGCGAUCAGAUUCAAGAAUACCCUCACGAACGCGUCAUACCUCAGGAGGCAUAUCCUGGCGCCGGUGUAGCCGUGAAUGGCUUCUCGCAGGCUCGCCCGCCCGUCAUGGCUCCACUGCCUGCCUAUCCGCCUCCCCCUCCUUCGCUCCAAUGUCUGAGAUGUUUGCGAACAUUUCAGGUCGUUGAUCAUUUUGAAUACCACACGAGAUACAACGUCUGCAUGCAGCAGCCUCCGACCAAGAAUGGGUUUGACCAAAUCUGCACGCAAUGUGGUCAAGGGUUUACCAGCCUGGCUGACCUCCAAUCUCAUAUUGACAAUAAGAGUUGCGGCGGUCAUGCUCCCCACAACCAAAAGCAGUCUCGUGGGCCAGGACGACCUCCUAGGACCGCCCCAGUCUCUCAAGCCAACCCAGUCGCCAUCCUUCCCUCUGUCACUCCACACGCCUAUGGGCCAAACGGCCAUCUGAUUUCGUACACGCAGUCCCCGGUCGCUCAGUCGACCCCAGCACAUCCUCAUUCCGUGGCUAGUCGGGCUGCCACAACGCCCGUCGCGGCCAAUUCUCCAAAUCACGGAGAUCCUUAUGGACAUCUGACCGAGGAGCAACAUCAGGCUAUGAACGAAGAGCUACAGGGGGCCGAGGCAAAGUAUGCGCCAAGAUUCGCCGAAGCAGAACAAAUCCAAGAUGAGAAUGAGCGGCGCCUCAGAAUUGAAGGACUUCGAAACAGCUUCGGUACCAAACAAUCCAUGAUUCGUAAGAAAUACGGCGUACGGCUCCGUGAACGCCGCACAAAGGCAGAGAUACAAGCUGAAAGGGAACGCCUGGGUAUCAAGCGUGCAGAGAGAGAGAGGGCAAGGGCUUUGGGAACACAGCACAACUCGAGCCCUACCGCAACCCUAGUCGAAUCUAACUCUAACACCCCAGUUACUGCCGGGUGGACCGCCGCCAAUACCGCUAGGCCCGACAACGGCUGGGAGGAGCAUGAUACGAAGCGCCGCCGCAUUGAUAACUCGGGCACCUACCAGACUCCUUACCCCCCUGUGGCUGAAGAUACCCCUACGCGCAAGCACCAGUCAAGUGUAUACCUGUUGGGCAACGAUACAGCAGCCGCCGAGGAUCCCGCAGCUCGAUCUCGGUCAACUUCUCAGCCGGCAAAGGUUUAUGAACAGUCUGGAGCACGGGUCAAGAUCCACGAACCUUCACAGCCUGCUGCCUCGACAAAUAGUGAUAGCCCGGCAAGCUCGGCUACUUCAAACGGGACUAGCCGCCAUCCGAGCACCGAUGGCUUGCCUUCUGAAAUGCAACCGAAGGCUGUUGACGUCGACAAUUCGGACUCGUCAGAUGACGACGACAUACCCCCAACCCUGCCCGCCCAUAUAAGGCAGAGCUUGUCAGCGUCACAAAAGGUCAGCGUCACCUGAGAUGUCUAGAACCCUUGACUGAAAGCGGUCUUGCCUUACUUUGGGCCGUGACUUAAGCUACGCUACUCGAUCAGCCCUUCAUGCUAGGCAACAUUUAGGGACUCUAGGGUGGUUGGCAAACCCCCCUUUCUAUCUAAUAUCGAUAGAUAAUGUCCAAGAAAUCUGUAUCAAUGGAUUACUUGUUGCUUGGUUAUGGGGACGCCCGGCAAUCUAUCGAUAGCCCGUCUCGACCUUCUUAAUCAAAAAGCGACAUCUAUCUGGCUCGCUCUUUGCUAAUCGCUUAUUAUAUAUAUAUACCUCAUCUCGCACAACUGCCACGCGAUGCUUAUCGCGACCCGCUCUUGCAGAGAUAGCCCUUGCUUGUAUUAUUCUAUUCACAGGAAACUCUCCUUUGACUAUGUCCAGGCGGGAAAAUAUAUGGUUGCCGCUGGUGGCAGUCAAGUCGGAUGCUAUUUGUAACGUU